AUGCCCUCGCGCAAGAGUGAUGCCCGCCGGAGCGACGUAUCCGUGGCAAGAUUUGUGCUCGCCGAUGAAGAUAGUACCAUGACUACAGACCCCCCCGCCACGGAACCAGCAGCACCGGCGGCAUCAGCAACAGCAGAACCCUCCGUAUCCGGCUCGACACCCGGCCCGCAGCAUACUAGCGAGAAGAAAGACAAGGACAAGGAAAGGGAAAGAGAGCGGGAGAGGGAGAGGGAUACGCUGACAAUCGAGAUACAAGCCAACGCCAUACUGGCGCUGACCAAGAGCGCGACCGUGUUUAUUAGCCACCUAGCCAACGCCGCCAACGAUUUCACCGUCGGCUCCAACAAGAAAACCAUCAACCCCACCGACGUCUUCAAAGCACUCGACGAGAUCGAAUACGGCUUCAUGCGCGAGCGCCUCGAGGCCGAGUUUGCCAGUACGCACCCCCCUCCCCCCACCCCAUGA